CCGGUGUCUGCCUAUUUAUACGGUUAGAAACGCUGCCGUGGGUCGUGAUAACAGGACGCGACUGGGAGAUAGAGAGAUACAUCACAACGCGCGCCGGCUCUGGCCCAGGCUGUAGCCAUGCCUCUUCUGGAAGAGACCGCUUUGCCACAAGAGCACCCACCCACUGUCCCUGUGGUCAUCAUAGGCAACGGGCCAUCAGGUAUUUGUCUGUCCUACCUGCUAAGUGGAUACAAGCCCUACCUAGAUACAACAGCUGUUCACCCAAACCCGAUACUUUACAGGAAGCUGCAGGAAACCAAGCACCUUCCCAUCACAGAACAGGAUCUGGAAUAUUUGAGUGAAGGUCUCGAAGGGAGGUCAAGGAACCCUGUGGCUGUGCUUUUUGACACACUACUGCACCCCAAUGCUGACUUUGGCUACGAAUUCCCCCCUGUCCUUCAGUGGAGGAGAGACAAGCAACAACAUAUCCCACAUCUGGUGCUGGGGAGGGCAACACCUGGAGGUGCUUGGCAUGCAAUGGAAGGCUCCAUGCUGACUAUUAGUCUUGGCAUCUGGAUGGAGCUUCCCGGGGUCAACUACAGAGACUUGACCAAUGGGAAACGCAGGGAUGUAACCAGUGACAGAGCCACCCCAGAAGAGAUCUCAUCCUAUUAUCGUAACUUUGUGAAGCUAAAGGGCCUCCAAAAGAAUUUUGUUGACAACACCUAUGUGACCUCUGUUCAGAAACUCUGCCGAGGGCACGAGGGGGAAGGUCUGGAAAAUGGGCACACUGAUCAAGGAGAUGGAGGGGUGGGAAAUGGUGGUAAUGGAGGGUUUGAGGGGAAUGGAGUUGAGUGUCUAAACAGUGGAGGAGGGGGGGCUCUCUGGGAAGUGAGGGGAUAUCAGCAGGUGCAGAACGACACUCAUGUCCCCUUCUCUCUGUUUGCUGAGAAUGUGGUUCUGGCCACAGGUGCGUCCGAUUCACCGGUUCGAUUAGGUGUAGAGGGGGAGGACCUACCGUUUGUAUUUCACAGCAUCUCAGACCUGGGUUUGGCCAUAAGCCGGAGAAAACUGGAUAUGAACUCUGAUCCGGUUUUAAUCGUAGGUGCUGGUUUAAGCGCUGCAGAUGCCGUUCUGUGUGCUUGUAACAGCAACAUUAGAGUGCUGCAUGUCUUUCGUAAGAGCGUAGAUGACCCAGACCUCAUCUUCAAACAGCUGCCCAAGACCCUGUACCCAGAGUAUCACAAAGUCUACAACAUGAUGUGCUCUCAGACCUAUACAAAUGUGGCUCCCUCCUCUGCUUCAAACAGACCCCAGGCAGUUAGUAUUGCCUCUUCAGUAUGUGCCAAGAUGUGCCCAAAACCCCAACUUGCCACAGGUAACAUGGUUGGUAACGCCAGUGUCGGCCAGUUUCCAGACUACACCAGUUUCCCCGAACACUGCGUGGUGUCCUUCCAGUCUGACAUGAAGUGUUUGCUGCAAGGGAACAACUCCCUCAAGGCAUUCAAGAUCUCCAUGGCCCUAGUGCUGAUCGGGACAAACCCAAACUUGUUUUUCUUGAAAGGGCAGGGCCAGUACCUGGGUCAGGAUCCAACAAAACCCGUCUCCUGCAAGCAGAACCCCAUUGACAUCCAUCCCUACACUUUUGAGUGUACCAAGGAGCCAGGUCUGUUUGCCAUGGGCCCGCUGGUGGGAGACAACUUUGUUCGCUUUUUGAAGGGUGGUGCGUUAGGCAUCGCAUCCUGUCUGCUGAAGAGACUCAAGAAGAAAGGGAAGCUCAUCAGCAAUGGAGGUAAUAACUUCAUUUGAAACCAUGAUGGAGAGAAGAGCUGUACAGGUCGUAGGGCACAGUUUUCAAGAGCCCAACUGAUGUAAAUGGUGAAGGGGAAGACAAGAGUUUUAAUAUGUUUUAAUCAUUAAUGCAGUGUUUUCUCAUCAGAGCUAAGGCUUUACAACUUUGAGACCAAAAAGACAAUGGAUGUACACUAAUUAGUUUCUAAAGAAACAAAAGACAACUUUCAUGAGUCUAGUCUGACUUCAUAAGAAGUCCCCAGAAGUCCAAGCUACCAUGUGCCAAUGUUUUCUAGUCAAUCUGCAACCUCACAACUGAAUGGGACCUUAUUUUAAUCAGGGUUAUUUAUUCGUUCACCAUGUGUCUUUCGAUCCAUUUACUAACAACAUGUAAUUGCUGUUGUAUCACACUUUAAGUCUUAUUUUAGCUUUGCCUUUUCAGAGAGGGAAUACUCCAAAAGUAGAACCCACGAUGCUUAUUCUCCAUGCAAUUUAAUAGCUAUUGUUGUGUAUGUGAUGGAAACUCACGGAGCAAUCUAAGGUCCCACUUAAAAAGUUAAGAUCGUCUAAAAAAUACAACCUGUAGUUUUGAGUGUUUGGAUGAAGAUUUAUUUCAUAAGCGUAUCUCAAGUUCAUGGCUGAGCAAUCUCAAUGUUCCUGAUUAUUCUGAGCCUACAAUAUUUUGCUUUUGUUUUCUACUUUAGGAGGAUUCUUUGUUUAGCUGCUAUUGUAGGUAGUUGGAGCCAUAUACCUAAAAAAGUUAGAAAAGUCGAAUAACUCUGACCUGUUACUUUAAAUAUAGUGCUAAUGGGAAAGACUUUCUAUGCAAAUAAUUUCACUUGUAGAUCUGAAUGUAUUCUUUGGCAGCCAUUGCUAAUUUUACUGUUUGGAUUCAAGUAUCUUGGCAUGGUACACAUUUCUUUCCAUGCAGUAUUAACAUAUGAUUGGAUAAAACAAGAAAUCCAGUAUGGUCCUUAAGCUUAAUAAUUGCCAAUUAUAUUAUGACUAGAAUAUAGUGAAAAAGUAUAAUCGAUUUAUAAAACAAAUUUCUUGUCAUUUUGGCCAGAGCAUCUGAACUUAAUCCCACACAUGUAGCGAAGGGCCUUUGAAAAAGAUAAAACAGAAAAGCACACUUGCAGAAUAUCCAUUUUUACAAUCAUACCAUCCAAAUAAUUUAUUUUUAUAUUUUUAGCAAACCAAAUCUUAGCAUCCUCUCUGUAUUUUUAUAAUUACAUUAUUUUUUAACAUGUUGUGACUAUCCCCCUUAAGGCUAACAUCUUCGCUCCGUCUUGGACCUAUUCAAUCAACAUGUCUGGGCAAUAUGUCAAUUACUUAUUGUCUAUCACUAUGGUCAUGUCACAGGUUCUCUUAAUAUUGUGGAACACAGUACACAGUAAUUAUCAAGCCAGACUUCUACCACAACUCUUUCUUAAAUGCCUCACCUAAUCAAGUUCAAUUUGUUUUUUUCAUAUUGCCUAAGUCUAUGAGUGUAUAUAUAAAAUUCUUCUUCCAUUUUUUAAUACAGCUUUACAGUAAACAGCCAAUUUUGUUUUGUUAAGUGCCAAAUAACAGGUUAGACAGGUUGUGAGCAGUGUUAGUAGCAACUUCCCGCUAUACUUUCUUUCCUUUCAGUCAUUUAAAUACUGUCUGCAAGAGUGUGAUGCCAUAUGCUGAUUUUUAUUGUGUGCCGCUCACGCACAGCUCAUGGUUUGUUUAUUGUGAUGUGACACUUUGAUCCUUGUUUAGGGAUUUUUUCUUCUUCUGCCCCCUUCAAUACAAUAUGGUAGUCAGAGUCAAUGUUGGGGGCAAUGCAUUACUUAAUACUGUAGUCACAUUAAUUUUUUCACUAACAAAGUAGUUUAAGACAUUGCUGUAGAAGUUUUGGUAAUCAUAUAACAGUUAACUAGUGAAAAUAUUGUUACUUGUGUUAAAUAUUGAAUUUCAGCUGAAUUAUUCCUUGAUGCUUUUUUUCAUGGACUUGUUUUGAUAUAUUAAAUAUAUGCAUGCAGGCAUGAACCAUUGCCUAGCAGCUGCUAUGAGCAGAGGACAGGCAUGGGAAGAGUUUUAAGCCAAACAUUAAAGGACUGCAGAGGAGACUGGGGGACUCAAACGUGGAGAGUCUUAUUAUUAUUGUUAUUUUAUUUUCCUUUUUUAAAAAAAAUACAACCUGUUACAUCCAGGUUGGACACAACUGUCGACCACUGUCAACUUUAAACACUGACAGAUUUAUUUUGUGUCCAUCCAUAUACUUUAUAUUUUAGUACAGAUUUGUCUGGUUUUUAAAUAGUACUCAAGUAGUAGUAGUAGAAAAUUUGCUUUAAUCAUAAAUUAUUAAGCAAAAUAAGCCCAUUGCAAUAGAUAAAAGAACUGUGGUUAAAGACCAGUCUCCUUCCUUUUGGCACUCUUUUGCCCAUGAAAAAAAAAAACUUUUAUUACUGCACAAUUAAUGCUGAAUGCUAAGUCAGUUCUCUACUCAUACAUGGCACAUGCCUUGAAAAUGAAGGGGGCGGUGGGGUUCAACCACCUGCACAGAAAUGCCCAUAGCUAUUUUUGCAUGAUGACUACUUAUCUGAACAGUUUCAGAUCUGUGAAAGUGCCUGUAUGGUUGGCUCAUCAGACAUCGUUUAAGAAACGGCGACUUGAAUCCCUUUUAAGUUUCUAGUUCAGCUAAAACCAGGGAACACAUUUGGUCUUAACUUCAAAACAAAGGAACAGCUGCUUUCGGCAUGUAGGGUUUGAAUGCUCUCUUGUACAAUUGAAGAGUUUUUAAUGUUUUGUAUGCUGCAUUUUUUUAUUGACAAAUAAAAACUUUGAGAAAAAUCUCUGAACAUGA